AUGGAGAAGGGCUCCUCUCACUCUCACUCGAGCGUGGACAGCUACGGUUCACUCAACGAUCUCACCGAGGAUGAGCUGCACAAGAUGAUACAGGAAACAUUACAAGCUAAUACUGUGCUAGAAGCAGAGACUUUUAUGUUUGAGAGGCACCUGGCGCGCAUUGAGCAAAAAGAAGGCAUUAAAGACUCUGGGCCUCCUUCCACUCAGAGUAUCAGUGUCAGGGAUCCGUCUUACCGCAAACGCUCCAGGUCGUUGAUGGCCAGCACUGACCGUUCACAACGACUCACUGCGGAGCAGAAGUGUGAUAUCGCUCAGAAAGAAAUUGAGGCACUCAAAACCAGCAUCAUCAAAGUGGAUGAAGAAUCGGAGAAAAGCCUCGACUAUUACAAGGCAAUCAUGGAGGAAGCAGAGAUCAACCUGUCGGAGCUCAAGAAAGAAUACUAUGAAUUUGAGCGAGAUGUUUUGAAAGGAGCUCUUCAUCCACGAACCAACAAAAUUAUUGCAGAAAAAUGUUUAAGAUUCUUCGAAGAUAAAAUCAAAGCAAGAGACUUGCUGAUUGAAAAGUUCCGGCUGAAGAAUGCCGCACUCAAAAUUCAGAUGAAAAAGAUGAAGCAGCAACUGAAACAAAAAGCAGAAAUGGGAGAAGUCUUGAAUGAAGUCGACUUCAACCAGCUGAAGAUUGAGAACGAGCAGUACCUGGAGAAGAUCGAUGAGAGGAACCAGGACUUGCUGAGGCUGAAAUUGAUGACUGGAAACACCUUACAGGUGUUAAACUCUUAUAAGCAAAGACUUCAGACUUUGACUAAAGAGGCUGUCAAACUGCAGAAUGACUUGGCCUUACGCGAGGAUUUACAGCAGAAAAUCCUGGCAGAAACUAAAAUGGUGGAAGCGGAAAGAGCACAAGCUGAAAAAGUUAACAAAAAACUCCGCAAGAAUUUGACCGAUUUCCGAAUACCAGACGUCAUGGAGUAUGUCCAUGGAAAAGCAGACAUUUACGAUCUGCAGAAAAAAAUCAAGAACUGGGAGAGGAAGGUUGACAUAGCAGAGUUGGCAUUGAGUACACACACCAAGGCUUGGAAAGUGCUGCAGCUCCAGGUUCAGAGAAAACAUGACUGGCAGGAUGUAUGA